UAAUCUGAAACACACCAAGCGUCUCGUACCAUCCUUCCCUCGUACCACCACCACCCAUAUGUCUACUCUGCUUUAUUAUUUCAUGUGAAGGAAACCGAGUAAAACCAUACAGUGCGACUUCCGAAUUCCAUUUCUCCAUUCUACUCGAUCGCAACCUGGCUCACUCAUAAUAAUAAAAAUCCUACUUUGGCCAACUCAACCUUCGACAAACAUGUCCUCUCAUGACCCAAUGACAAUGAAAAGCAACGACCAGCAAUCAUCUAACUUGAUUGUAAAUGUAAUAGCCCGUGCAAUAGGUUCAGUCGGAUUUGGACUGAGUGUAGUCGCAAUCGGAGUGCUAUGGCUUUUCCCUUCCGCUCUUGGUGAUUCAAAGUCUACUACGCUUGCAAGCCUUGAAGAGGUUACUCGACGGAAGGAAAGAGAGACUCGUCGUCGAUCGGCUCCUCCUAUUCUAGGUAGCACGCGACCAAAGCCUCAGAGGAUAUCUACCGAACCACUGGCGAAGCCUGUUAUCGUUGUCCCUGUGGUCGUGAAACCCAAUAGUGAAGUGUCAUCGAUUAUCAGCGGCAACACCCCACGACGAGUCUAUUUCCUUGAGCCUCAGACACGACCAAAGAACUCUCGCAGGUUUUCAGCUCCUCCUGCUGAGCCCUCACUUACUGAACUUGGAGUCACAACACCCCAAGUUCCAGAGGAUGUUUCGCCCAGGUCUUCUUCGUCGACCCUCGUUCAUGUUCCCACACCUCCACACUAUCCGGUAACUCUCGAUCCGUGUGACGAAGCAAUCGAGUCAGCCAACUCGGACAGUUCUUCGAAACGUUCUUCAUCCACAAAACGGUCUUCAUCACUGUCAGUUACUUUAUCUGGCCGGUUCAAAGGCCGGUGGGCAAAGCGCUCGAGUGUACCUGCCGACCCCAAUGGUUCUGCUAGAUCUUCAGCGAUCGUCGAACGGCCGGCAUAUCCAGAAAAACACAGACGUAGGUCGAGCCUUGGAAACCAUCCGUGGUCUACCGUGACCAAACCUCGGCCGACGAUCGACCCCUCGCCUCCCAUUGCCAGACACAUUGAUGAUGAUCAGAAACCCCCACAAUCAGAAAGUCUCGUCUCUCCCUCAUCCAGGAAGGUGUCGGGCACCGGGAAGCUUCGUCCGUCAACACCUCAACGCACGCAGCCUUACGCUUAUCCGUAUUUCGCUGAGCCACCGGACAUGGUCUCGGCGUAUAAACCACCCACAGUCGUCAAUGACUCUUUAUCUCCUGAAGACCACGACCACGAGAAGCGGCAGAAGAAUGCGCAAGCGCAAGCAUCGUUAGGUAUCGGCCGGAAACCUCCUCGACGCAGAGUCUCAAGUGUUGUUUGAACUUCUAUCUAAAUGACAAUAGAUUAUUUUUAUUUUGUAUACUAAGAAUUUCGAUCCACAACAUCAGCAUCACUAUCAUCGUCUUGGUUUUUUUUUUGUUUUCAAGCAGCUAGCAUGGAUUCACGAGUAGUUUACUGUACAGUGUAAUGAUCUGGGUUUGGUUCGUCCCGUAUCCUUAUCUUUUAUUUGUCAUGUAUGUCGUUCACGAAUAUACUUAUGUAUUUGAUACACCAUUCUGCUUCA